GCGUCUGAGCCGUUGCUUCCGGGUGUCUUCACAGUGGAUAUCCCUUUGCAAUUCAUGUUUCUAGUAUUUUCUAAGGAAAGCUAACAGAUACGUACCCUUAAAACGUUAAAAAAUGAACAGAAUAUUCGGACGUGGGAAGCCGAAAGCGCCUCCUCCGAAUCUAUCGGACUGUAUCGGCAAUGUGGAUGCAAGGGCAGAGUCCAUAGAUAAGAAGAUUGCCAGACUAGAUUCUGAACUUGUGAAGUACAAGGAUCAGAUGAAGAAGAUGAGGGAUGGGCCUUCGAAGAAUAUGGUGAAGCAGAAGGCAAUGAGAGUCCUGAAGCAGAAGAGAAUGUAUGAAGGUCAAAGAGAGCAGCUGGCUCAGCAGUCUUUUAACAUGGAGCAGGCAAACUACACAAUCCAGACACUAAAGGACACUAAAACAACAGUGGAGGCCAUGAAGAUUGGUGCAAAGGAAAUGAAAAGGGCGUACAAGGAUGUCAAACUUGAUCAGAUUGAUGAUUUACAAGAUCAGCUGGAGGACAUGAUGGAGGACGCUAACGAGGUACAAGAGGCCCUGAGCCGCAACUACGGCACUCCAGAGAUAGAUGAGGAUGAUCUUGAAGCAGAGCUGGAUGCACUGGGUGAUGAGCUGCUGCUGGAUGAUGACAGUUCCUACCUGGAUGAGGCCUCAUCUGCCCCGUCUAUCCCUGAGGGAAUGCCAAGUGACAGCAAAACAAACAAGGACGGCGUUUUGGUCGACGAGUUUGGUCUGCCACAGAUUCCUGCCACAUAAACAGGAGACUGAUUAGAGCUACUGCACUACAACUGAAAACACUUUUUUAAGUAGAGUAACAUUUAUACAUACAAAACUGUUUGACACUGGUUCUGAUGCUGUAUUUGGUUGUGUAUUGUUACCACUACCUUGCUAGCAUGUGGCCUUGUAACAUACCGAACCUUUUUAAAAGUAUUAUUUACUUUUUAUUUUCAUUUCAUCCUCCUGAAUAACACUCUUCAGUCUCAUGAUACAGCAGUGUUACCCUGUAAUAUUUAUUUUUAUUGAUUUUAUUCUAGUUUCAUGUGUUGUUUAGUCAUAAAGAUUUAGUUUGAGUUAUUUUAAGUGGAGAUGGUUUCCACUGAAGCUGAUUGAUGUCUGCAGUUUAAAAUUUGCAAAAUAAACAUGUCAUCUAACCUUU